AUGGGAAUGUCAAAGAGCUUCUCUUUUCUCGUAGGUUGUCUGGUUUUUGUAGUUCUGGUUCAGUCUCAGGAUCAAUCAGGAUUCAUAAGCAUAGACUGUGGGGCACCUGCCAAGUCCAACUACACUGAGAAGACAACAGGCAUACAUUACAUAUCAGAUGAGGAGUUCAUAGACUCUGGAGUGAGUAAAUCGAUAACCAAUGAUAUCCAAAGUACAUAUCAACGGCAAGUUUGGAACCUGAGAAGUUUUCCUCAAGGACCAAGAAACUGUUACAGAAUAAACAUCAAAAGUGGAUCUAAAUAUCUGAUCAGGGCUACUUUUGUGUACGGGAAUUAUGAUGGCGGGAAUGAUUUACCGAGUUUUGAUCUUCAUCUUGGGCCUAACUUGUGGAAGACAGUGAAAAUAACCAAUUCAUCAUCUGAAGUAGUCCCUGAGAUCAUACAUGUUCCAUCAUUAGAUUACAUUCAACUCUGUCUGGUUGACACAGGCUCUGGAACCCCAUUUAUCUCUGCUAUAGAAUUGAGGACUUUGGUGGGCAGUAUUUAUGAUAUCCACUCAGGAAUCUUGUCACUUGCCCAGAGGUUGGAUUUAGGCUCAACCAGCAACAAAACAUACAGGUAUAGUUAUGAUGCUUAUGAUCGAGGCUGGGGAUAUUUCUAUCACCAAAACUGGACACAAAUUAAUGCUUCAAUUUCUGAAAAUUCCUUAUUUCAAAAUUAUUACAAUCCACCAACCAUUGUUAUGAGUAAUGCUGCGACACCAGUAAAUGAAAAUGAAAGUGCUCCAAUGCAAGCACACUGGGAGCUAGAAGACGCAACAGACCAAGCGUAUGUAUACAUGCAUUUUUUAGAGCUUCAAGUUUUAGAAAAGAAUCAGACAAGAUCAUUCAAUAUUACCAUCAAUGGUAAUUUUCUUGCAAAUGUUGUCCUUCCGUACCAAGUCAUAUCCACUGUAUUCAACAUCACGAGUGGAGAAAAAAUUGAAAUUUUGCUUCAGAAGACCGAGAAUUCAACCCUUCCACCUAUCCUCAAUGCUCUUGAAAUUUAUACAUUUAAAGAAUUUUCGCAAUCAGAAACAGAGCAAGAAGAUGUUGAUGCAAUCACAACAAUCAAGUCUUCUUAUGGGGUAGCAAGAAAUUGGCAAGGUGAUCCAUGUAGUCCUAAGGCCUACGUUUGGGAAGGUCUAAAUUGUACUUAUAAUGGCAAGAAUUCUCCUAGAAUCGCAGCCCUGGAUUUGUCUUCAAGUGGAUUGAAAGGAAACAUACAUCCUUCCAUCUCAAAGCUCACCAUGCUGGAGAAGUUGGAUUUAUCAAACAACAGCUUAAAUGGAGCAGUGCCUAAUUCUCUGGCUCAACUACAGAACCUCAAGAUCUUAAACCUGGAGAACAACAACUUGACAGGUAGAGUUCCCUCUAAUCUGCUUGAGAAAUCAAAGAAAGGUACCCUGUCGCUAAGUGUUGGACAGAAUCCAUAUCUAUGUGAAUCUCCUUCGUGCAACAACAACGAAAAGAACAAUGUUACUAUUCCCAUAGUAGUAUCAAUUGUUGGAGCUCUAAUCCUUCUGGCAGUUGUGGCAAUCAUAUUUUUUACCCUUAAAAGAAGACAACAAAGAGGAACAGCUCCAAUUGAGACCUCACAGAAAGUUGAAAAGGUUGAAGAACAAAAAGGCACAUCUCUGGAGGCCAUAAGCAGACAAUACUCAUAUUCUGAUGUCCACAAAAUAACCAAUAACUUCGGUAUAAUUCUCGGAAAAGGCGGCUUUGGAGCAGUUUAUUUGGGUUACGUUGAGGAAACUCCUGUAGCAGUUAAAAUGCUCUCUUCAUCAUCCGUUCAAGGUUAUCAACAAUUCCAAGCCGAGGUUAAACUUUUAAUGAGAGUUCAUCACAGAAAUCUUACUUCCCUUGUUGGGUAUUGCAAUGAAAAAACCCAUAAAGGGCUCAUAUAUGAGUAUAUGGCUAAUGGUAACUUACAAGAUUACCUUUCAGGAAAAAGCAGCAACUCAAAGUUCUUGACUUGGGAAGACAGACUUUGUAUAGCAUUGGAUGCGGCACUAGGGUUGGAGUAUUUGCAUAAUGGAUGUAAGCCACCUAUAAUCCAUAGAGAUGUAAAAUCUUCAAACAUCUUGCUGAAUGAAAAAUUCAAAGCAAAAAUAGCUGACUUUGGCCUAUCUAAAACCAUCUUAACUGAUGAUGGAACUCAUGUAUCAACUGUUGUAGCAGGAACUCCUGGUUAUUUAGAUCCUGAGUACUAUAUAACAAGCAGAUUGACAGAGAAAAGUGAUGUUUAUAGCUUUGGAGUAGUUCUUUUCGAGAUAAUCACAAGUCAGGCAGCCAUAUCUAGAAACCAUGAGAGAACUCACAUAAGUCAAUGGGUUAGCUCCAUGGUUGCUAAAGGAGAUAUAAAGGCCGUUGUUGACUCAAGACUAAGUGGAGACUUUGAUAGUAACUCCGCUUGGAGAGUUGUGGAAAUGGCAAUGACUUGUGUGUCUCCAAAACCCAACAACAGGCCAACCAUGAGUGAGGUAGUUAAUGAACUAAAGGAGUGUUUGGCAACAGAAGUAGCCAGAACCAACCACAGUAGUGGUGCAGAUAUGGGAGACUCAGAUGAAUUAGGGUCCUUGAAUAUGACAAUAGAAUCCUCUCCCUUGGUCAGGUAG